CUGGUCAUCGUACCACCGACCUAUUGCUCCUAGCUAGAGCAGAAUAUCGGUACGGUACCUGGUACGCUGUAGCACCUCUCUGAACCAUUUUGGCUGAGAGAUUCUCAACUCUGGUUGUGCGAGGUUACUAUACCGGUAUGGGUCCAGGUGAGGCCAUGAAAAACUUUCUACCAGGUAGCUAGCUAGCUAGUAUUUUUCGAUGGCCAAUUGGGAUCCAUCCUAUUUUGAGCUUUCAACCGUGUAAUUCCACUGAGUGGUGCAUUGGAAUGGACUGUUAAUAACCGCAGCCACGAAAGUUUGGUCCUUGUGGAAGCAGACGAACGCACCGGUACCGGUAGCACCAAGAUCAGAACUGUCUGAAAUGGGUGUCUUCCAGCUCAACAAGCUUAUCAGGAAAUCCAUUCCAAACGCCGACCUCCAACCUCCAUUCAACAUGCUUGCGAGGAGUGGCCAAGGCUCGAUGCCUUCAUGAUCAUUGAUCCUCACUAAAGAAUGGGUGGGAAGAGACAGGAUGACGGGGAAUCUGAAGCAGUCAAGCAUGAUGAUGUUGAUGCAAUAGAUCCCAGUCGAGUAUUUCUAGCUCCCAUGGUCCGAGGAUCAGAGCUAGCUUUUCGGCAGUUGGUUCGGCAGUACGGAGUCACUGUCUGUUACAGUCCCAUGCUGCGAGCGGCGGAAAUCAUCAAGGCGUAUGGCUAUUACAAAAGCAAAACAAGCAAGAAACGUCAAGAUAUUGACAAAGAUGAAGACCAAGAAGAAGAAGCUGUUCUCCAUGAAGAUGGCUGGUUGUUACUAAAUGACAUUCUGGUGGAUCCACAUCCAGUAGUGGUACAGCUCUGUGGCAAUUCCCCCUCCAUCUUGCAACAAGCCACACAAGUCCUACUUGAAAUCAACCAACACUUUGUUUGUCAAAUAGUGGGGAUUGACUUGAACUUGGGUUGUCCACAAGACUGUGCGAAACGGGGUGAUUUUGGAGCCUUUUUGGCCGAGGACAAUCCACAGAAAGCAUGUGAAUGUGUCAGUGCCAUGAGACAGGCCAUACAAAAACAUACUACAACAACAUUCACUACUACUAAUAGACCCAGACUUUCGUGCAAAAUUCGACUUCAACAAGACUCGGCCCAAACGGUGCAGUUGGCAGAAUCACUGGCACACGCGGGGUGUCAAUUGCUGACCAUUCACUGCCGCCAACGGACCGACAAGCACGACGGGAUACCCAAUCUGCAAGUGGCUCGUGAUGUGGUACACGUCCUUCAGGAAGAUAGCAGUAGUAUGCCCAUUGUCUUGAAUGGCUGGCACUGGAAAGAUGCACCGCAUGCCUUGGCAUCCACUGGAGCGUACGGGGUCAUGUUGGCACGCGACUUUUUGAGAAAUCCACGGCUCCUGCAGCCACAACAACAUGCCAACAAUUACUAUCCUGGUCAAUUGGCCGCCGAGUACUUGGAAUUUGCAAAGCGGCAUCCACCACCGUCGCCCAUGUACAUGAAAUUGCAUCUACGGUGGAUCUUUCGUGCUGCUCUGGAACCACGCGACAAAACAAUACACCCCGCAAUCCUCUAUGCCAAUAACAACUGGAAACCACGUCUAUGGACCUUCUUGGCACGACCCUAUCUUACCUGUCUCGAACAGUUUCGACAAGUCGUCUUUUUGUACUUUUAUCAUUCCUGGCAAGAUGACAAUGAAACGAAAGAGGACGACAACACCUUGUUGCAAGCGGCAGUUCCUGCGUCACUUCAGGAUUUGGCCAUACAGCAUGAACAGCAACAACUCAUAACAUUUCGCAGUAUUCGGUACCACUACAACCGUUAACACAGUUCCGCUACGAAAAUGAGGUUCAAGGCCAGAAGUGGAUUCAUUGGGUCCGUCUUUUCUCUGUUUUUCUUUUUGUCCAUCGGUGACAAGCAAGAAGAAAUUCUCUCUUUUGUUCAUGUUGCCAAAUGAAACAAGAGUGUGUUGCUGCAGCUACUACCUAUGCAAAGCCGAAGGAAAACCCAUUUGAACCGAGCUCCCUACUAGCCCCAAAAUGCGACAAUGGCAUUCCUUGGUAAUAAGAUACAUCGUACCAAUGCUUUAUCGUCGCAGGAAGAUUAAAUUUUUUUGAAGAGCUGAGUCACGGAUCCUUAUGGGAUCCUCCAAGAUCCACCAAGAUCCAUCUACGCGUGACUCACGUGUCAUUAAAUAUAAUCUUAUAGGAGAGGCACGAAUGACCAAAGAUCCACCUCUCUCUCGCCACAGCUGCUCUUCCCACAUCCCAAAAAGAGACAAACCAAAGCAACACCUGUACCAUUUGACUGCAAACCAUGUCGCCCCUGACCGAUAAUCAAUGGUGGAGCGAGUUCCUUAAGAACGGGGACGUGACAGACGAGAUAUUCACUGCUGGACAGCUUGCAUUGUUUAAAACCUACCAAUUGUCGCAAGAUCAGAAGCGUAUUUUCCAAUGCGUCAAGACGGGAAAGAACCUGUUUCUUUCCGACCUCAUUACGGACGAAGAGAUCAUUUGGAGCAUUGGUGUCAUGGGCGUGAACAACGCACAUCGCGGAGUGCGACGGGAUACAGCUUACAAUUCAGCUUUACAGCUUUAUCAUUAGCAGGCUUAUUCUAGAAAAUAAUCAAUAAACUGCUCACUUAUUUGG